AUUCGAAGCUGCUGCCACGGAAUCCGGAAGUGCUUCCUACUCGGCGGCUCUUCAUUCGGCUGCUGCGGUGGAAAGUCGCCUCUCCAGCCCCUCCUAGCCUCUCUUUGGGGGUCGGUAUCUUUGCGUUUGGGUCGUGAAGCGGAGCGGAAACCAUGGCAAGUCGGCUCCCGGCUUGUGUUGUUGACUGCGGCACCGGGUACACAAAGCUUGGAUAUGCAGGAAACACAGAGCCACAGUUCAUCAUCCCGUCAUGUAUUGCGAUCAAGGAAUCUGCUAAGGUGGGAGACCAGGCGCAGCGCAGGAUGAUGAAGGGCGUCGACGACCUGGACUUCUACAUCGGAGACGAAGCCAUCGACAAACCUUCGUACGCAACGAAGUGGCCCAUCCGUCACGGCAUCGUGGAGGACUGGGACCUGAUGGAGCGCUUCAUGGAGCAGGUCAUCUUCAAGUACCUGCGGGCGGAGCCGGAGGACCACUACUUCCUGCUGACGGAGCCGCCGCUCAACACUCCUGAGAACAGGGAGUACACGGCCGAGAUCAUGUUCGAAUCCUUCAAUGUCCCGGGUCUUUACAUCGCCGUCCAGGCUGUCCUGGCGCUGGCCGCCUCCUGGACGUCCCGGCAGGUUGGCGAGCGGACGCUGACGGGAACUGUGAUCGAUAGCGGAGAUGGCGUGACACACGUCAUCCCGGUGGCUGAAGGCUACGUGAUUGGCAGCUGCAUCAAGCACAUCCCCAUCGCCGGUCGAGACAUCACCUACUUCACCCAGCAGCUGCUGAGGGAGAGGGAGGUGGGCAUUCCUCCGGAGCAGUCGUUGGAGACGGCCAAAGCUGUUAAGGAGCGGUUCAGCUACGUCUGCCCCGACCUGGUCAAAGAGUUCAACAAGUACGACACGGACGGCUCCAAGUGGAUCAAGCAGUACACUGGCGUCAAUGCCAUCACCAAGAAGGAGUUUACCAUUGACGUGGGCUACGAGCGCUUCCUGGGGCCAGAGAUAUUCUUCCACCCAGAGUUCGCCAACCCAGACUUCACUCAGCCCAUCUCGGAGGUGGUGGAUGAGGUCAUCCAGAACUGCCCUAUCGAUGUCCGACGUCCUCUCUACAAGAACGUGGUUCUGUCCGGUGGUUCCACCAUGUUCCGGGACUUUGGCCGGCGCCUGCAGAGGGACCUAAAGAGAACGGUGGACGCCCGGCUGAAGAUCAGUGAGGAGCUCAGCGGCGGCAAGCUGAAGCCGAAGCCCAUCGACGUCCAGGUCGUCACCCACCACAUGCAGAGGUACGCCGUGUGGUUCGGAGGGUCCAUGCUGGCGUCCACCCCCGAGUUCUACCAGGUGUGCCACACCAAGAAGGACUACGAGGAGAUCGGGCCGAGCAUCUGCCGCCACAACCCCGUGUUUGGGGUCAUGUCCUAGUUCAAGACGGACCAGAAGAAAUGUUUGUACGACACAGUGGCGGAUUGGAACGCAGCGAGAAGGACCAAACAGACUUCCUGAACGUCACAAGAACCAGAAGUUCUGGUUAAAUGUUUCGUAUCUCUUCACAGAGUGGUCAUUAAUCCCCCUCUCUGUGAACGGGCCAUAGCAUCUCUGGGUCGUCAAGGGAACACUUUGCAAAACCACCUGAAGCUUGUUUUUAUUUGUCUGGUUGAAAGGUAAUCAGAUACUCAGCAAUGUGCAUCUUGUUUGUUAGCACUGAUCAGCAGGUCAAAUCAAUAAAUUGCCUCCGACUGUCAUUCUGGACAGCCUGGUUCUGUACAAAAUCUGGAUUUAUAAUUGUAAUAAAUGCGAAGCAGGUGUUUCAAGCUG